CGCCGUCAGCUUGAGGCGUCCUGCUGCACGCAGCAUUCUGGGUAUUGUAGUUCCUCCAUCUCUAGAGCUGCGUGGGUCGUGUAGUGCGCGCGCGUCAUCCCGGCCGGUGUACUUCCGCAUCCUGCGGUCGUCACCUGUGCCUGUGGACUGUCCUCCAGCGGUUCUGGCGAGCGAGCAGGACGACCCUGGCUUCUGCAAAUCUUUCCAGGAGGAGAAGAGUCCAGAGAGCUGGCGUGGGACACCCACAAGGUUCAGGCUUCAGCGUCUGUUUGCGUCCUCGAUGCGUGGAGUCUUCGGGAGUGGAAUCAGCUGCGCUGCCCAUCUCGGAGGAGGGUCUUGGUGAAGACCCUCGGGUGGGGAGGGGGCCACGUGGGAAUGGGAUUUGGGGUUCAGUACUUUGUCCAAGACAAGCUGCAGGUUAGUCUGGCCCACGAUCUGCUUCCCAGGCUGCACUGUAGGUGUGUCCCCUGUGUUUGGGCACUGUCUGGGAGACUGGAUCUGGGGCAUCCAGACAUCGUCCCUCCACUCCCACCCGCCAGUGAGACUGAGAAGUGAGGGGUAGGAGCCAUUCUCCACAGGAACAAACAUACGAACUGGUGAGGACGGGACUCUUGGGGACUCUUAGUCUUGAGGAGCUGCGCCAACCAACAUCUGGAAAUACAGCUCGCUCACUGGGACCCAGAUUGGACUCUGCGAGCAGACUCUUGUCCAGAGAGUGUGUUCCCAGAGUGCGCAAUGGCCCCAGGGCUCCUGACAACCAGAGACAAGGCGUUAAUGGCCUUCCAUGAUGUGGCUGUGGCCUUCAACCAGACGGAGUGGGAACUGUUGAGUCCUGCACAGAGGAUCCUGUACAGGGACGUGAUGCUGGAGAAUUAUAGCCACCUGGUCUCCCUGGGAAUUGCAUUUUCCAAACCCAAACUCAUCACACAGCUGGAACAAGGGGCGGAACCCUGGAGAGAUGGCAGUGAAUGCCUUCUGGACCUUUGUCUGGCAGAACCCAGGACAGAAUUAGAGCCCGGUCUCUCCUGCCCGAUAUCUUUUGCUAGUCCCGACGUCCUCAGAGUGUGUGUGCUGAGUGAACACCCCCCUCAGACUUUCCCAAGCCCGCCAGCAGGCAGCAACCUCCAGCCGGAAGCUCCAGGCUUUUGUAGCAGUGAAAGAGAUGAAGAGGGGGCCAGCAGCGAUGCUCUGCUGCCGAGGGCGAGUCCAGCUGGGAUCCUGCAGACACUGUUUAGCCCGUGUCAAGGUCAGGCGGUGUACUGGGUAGAAGAAGGCAGCGGGAAACCAACAGACCUUGACUCGGCCCCAGGAGGCAUCCCCGAGAAGGCAGGCACAGUAUUGAAGGGGUCCGAUGGGUCGGAAUCUGGAGCAGUUCUACAGGGAGCAUUUCCUCCAGGGCUUCCCGAUGCCACCAGCCUUUUCAGCCCUCAGAAGCAUCAUGACUAUCCUGACUGCGGAACAGGCUUUUGCCAGAGGUCAGACCUCUUGAAGCCCCAGGGGAUGCAGGGAGGCGAGAAGCCUUACUCGUGUGCUGAGUGUGGGCACCAGUUUACUCUGAAGGCUUCCCUCACGGUCCAUCAGAGGAAACACUCGGGAGAGAAGCCGUAUGUGUGUGGGGAGUGUGGGCGAGGCUUCAUGUAUUUAUCCUCUCUCAACAACCACAAGAAGAUCAUUCACUCCGGAGAGAGACCCCUUGUAUGUCCGGAGUGUGGGCGAGGCUUCCGCCAGAAGGUGGACCUCCUCCUUCAUCAGAGGACUCACCUGGACAAAAAGCCCUUCGUGUGCCCCGAGUGCGGGAGAGGCUUUUGCCGAAAGGCCUCGCUGCUGCAACACAGGUGGAGCUCCCACUCUGACGACAACCCCUUCAUCUGCUCCGUGUGCGGCCGUGGCUUCCGACUGCUCUCCAGGCUGCUCACGCAUCAGAUCACACACUCUGGGGAGAAGCCCUAUGUUUGUGCUGAGUGUGGGCAACGCUUUGGCCAAAAGGGCACGCUCAUCCGACACCAGAAGACACACACCGGGGAGAAACCUCACGUGUGUCGCCAGUGUGGCUGGAGUUUCACCCAGAAGGUCAACCUCAUCAGGCACCAGAGGAUCCACACCGAGGAGAAGCCUUACCUGUGCCCCGAGUGUGGGCGAGCCUUUGAAUUCAAGUCCCUGCUCACCAGACACCAGAAGACACACAUGGGGGAGAAGCCGUACGUGUGCCCCCACUGCGGCAGGGGUUUCAGCCAGAAGUUCAACCUCAUCGGGCACCAGAGAAUUCACACGGGGGAGCUCCCUUUUCUGUGCCCUGAGUGUGGGCGUGGUUUUGUAAAGGAGGCCACGCUGAUCAGACACCAGAGGACCCACGCAGGGUGGCAGAAGCCUUACCAGUGUCCCGAGUGUGGGCGAGCCUUUGAAUUCAAAUCCCUGCUCACCAGACACCAGAAGAUACACACAGGGGAGAAGCCGUACGUGUGCCCCCAGUGCGGCAGGGGUUUCAGCCAGAAGUUCAACCUCAUCGGCCACCAGAGGACACACACAGGGGAGAAGCCCUACGUGUGUGCGCAGUGUGGCCGGAGCUUCCGGCAGAAGUUCAACCUCAUCAGGCACCAGAGGAUCCAUACGGGAGAGAAACCUUACCUGUGCGCCGAGUGUGGGCAUGAGUUUCGAAAGAAGGUCUCUCUCAUCAGACACCAGAGGACCCACGGAGAGGAGAAGCCCUACCGGUGCUCCGAGUGUGAACGGGCAUUUGAGUUUAAGUCGCUCCUCAUCAGGCACCAGAAGACGCACACGGGGGAGAAGCCCUAUGUGUGUGCCCAGUGUGGCAAGGCUUUUAGCCAGAAGUUCAACCUCAUUGGGCACCAGAGGAGCCAUACCGGGGAGAAGCCUUACCUGUGUCCCCAGUGCGGGCGCGCCUUUGCCUUUAAGUAUCUUCUCACCCGCCACCAGAGGAGACAUUCUAAGUAGGAGCUUUAUGUGAACAGCGUGUGUGUUUGGGGGGACUGGAUGGAAUGCCAGACCUCUCUGACUGGAGGACUCAGUCCAGUCCAUAGAGAAGCCAUUUGGGUGUGGCUUUGGCUUUAACUCUGCUCUCAUUGUAGACCCACUCUGGGAAGGAGCCCUACACGUGCAGGGAUUGCGGUGGGGUGGGGGUGCAGCAGGUGCAGGCUUCAGACAGACGUUGCACCCCUGCAGACAUAAGGGGGACCAUGUGACUGGCUGUCAACUCCUAGCUUGAGAGGUGUUUGCCGGUCCUGUUCCUUCCUUUCCCCAAGAGCAUGAAGCUGGCAGAAAUCAGUAGUGAAGGUUCCAUUUUUUUUUCCCCCUGAAAUGGAAUGAGGGAAAGAAAGCCCUUGCUUGUUCGUGAAAUCACUGGUUUAUGAUUUACGUUCCUCAGUUAUCCGUGUAAGUUAAUUUUCUGGGCUCCCUAACAAAAUGCCCCAGACGGUGUGAUUUAGGUAUGCGGAGCCUGGGAGCCCUCUCGGACUGGCUCAGGUGUGGCUCCGGCCUCACCUCUCUUUAGCCGAUGAAUGAACGGCUUCCGGUUGUGUUGUGCUCCCGCGGUCAGUCUCCUUUGAAUAUGCUUUCCUGGUGCCUGUUCCUCCCAGACAGGGCCACACCAGAGGACCUUGUUCAACUUCGGUUGCUUCUUUAAAUGUCCUACAUCAAGCCACAUCCCAUCAGAAGUCAGGCAUCAAUCAGUAUUCACACUGGGGGAGUGUGACUCAGCCAGCAGCUAGCUCUCCCCGCAGCACCAGAGUUGAUGUUUGCACAUACAAAAUACAAACCAUAUUCACAGCAUCCCCAGACCUCAAAGCCUUAGCUCACUGAAAAUCUCUAAUAUAAAUAGCUCAGUCAAGUCUGGGUGAGGCUUUAAGUCCAGUUCACCUGCAAACCAUAUUUCUGUCUGCAGUUCUAUGAAAUCCAACAUAGAAUGUGCUUCCAAAUCCCAAUGGCCAGACCAGAUACAACUUAGAUAUUCUUUGUUUUAUUGUUUUUAUUGAGCUAUACAUUUUUCUUAUUCCAAAGGGGAAACGUUGGAAAGACCCGAGGAGUGAUGGUCCCAGUGUCAGGUGCAAGCCUAGCAGGGCAAAGCCUAUGGGACCUUGAGUCUCAAGAACAACGUUUGACUCAGUGUUCUGUCCCCUGGCGCACAGGAAUGACAAGUAAUAUUGUUUCCCUAGGCCUGAUCUAUGGAGUGUGAGCUGUGGACACUAAGGAGACAUAUUUGACCUCACUCCAGACCUGUUCUUUCUGACCUCUGGUCAGAGUAGCAGCCCUGAUUUAUGAAUUCUUCUUGAAACCACAUUUGUCCCCAUUUUCCUCUUUUUUUUUUCUAUUUUUUUUCCCUCCUCUUCCUUUUUCUGUGUGUGCAUUUAUGUACAAGGCUGGCCUUGAACUCAUAGAGAUCCACCUGCCUCUCUAUCUCCACAGUGCUGGGAUUAAGGAUGUGAGCCACCACACCAAGCUCUUCCCUUUUCUUCAAGAUGAGCACAUGCUCAUAGCUUGGAGCUCCACUAUUGUUUUCUUUGGAAUCUCAGAAGCCCUAAAGUCUGUCUUCAUUUUGCCCCAACCUCUUUCCUUGUCCACAAAGGCUAGAAAGUGCUGGGUGAGGUGGCUAAUUGUCUGUGGCUCACAUUCAACACUAAUCUCUUUAGAAAAUGGUUUCCAGCCAUCUACUCUUUCCUUCAAAACACACUUCAUGGCUUAAAAAAAACCUAUAUGUAUAAGGGGAAAUUUUUCCAAAAUUUAAAGUUCUAAAUAUGUUUUGCUCAACAAUAUCCUCAGUUUGUCUGUGUCUUCAUGCUUUGCUGGAGGCAGUAAGGGCAAAUAAGGCCAUAGUUUGAUCAUCUUUGUAGAAAUCUCAUCUGAGUUUUUUGUACUUGCAUUAUUCAAAAUACCUCCAUAUGGGGCCAACAAAAUGGCUCAGCAGGUAAAGGCAUGUGCCACAGACGCCCGAGGACCCAGGUGUGAUCCCUGGAAUCCUCAUAGAAGGAGAGAACCAACUCCACAAAAUGACCUCUGACCUCCAUUCGUUCUGUGGCAAUGUGCACCCUCAGUAAUAGUGAUAAUAAACACUCCGUUCUACAGAACACUAGGAUUUAAUUAAGCCAAGUUCCUUGCCACUGUAUAGCAAGGAUACUAGUUUUUAAUUCUCAAAUUUAAUUAAUUUAAUUAGCUGUGCCUGAUUCCUGAGACCUCGCCAGGAUCACCUCACACCUACACCUCAAACGGGCCUAGCCGCCACGUGUUUCAUAGUUCCAAGACGCUAACACAUUUUUUUGGUUUGAUAGGACAACACCCCACUCUCGGUUCUAAAGUCUGUAUUAGCUAAGGUUACCAUAGUACUUCCUUGUUCCUUCUCUUCCCUUUCCCCCUUCUUCCCCUAAAGCUUCCUACCCUUAUUCUUUUGAAACAACUCUCAGGUAGCCCAGGAAGGCCUUGAACUCACUAAGUAGCCAAGACUGGCCUUGAACCUGAUCCUUUUACCUGUACUUUCCAAGGCUGGUUUGUUAAAGUGUGUGCCGCUCUGCUCAGCCUUCCCUGUCUUAUAAGGACGCUUCAUAUUGGAUUAGGGUGACACCUUAUACAUUUGGGGACCUCUUUAAAUGUCCUUUCUGCAAACACAGCUGCAUCACCAGAGCCGGGACACAGUUCUAUAUAACAGUAUCCCCUCUGCUUCUAUAAAAGCUUAACUAGCCGUCAACUCCUGCCGUAAGUGGUGUUCUUUUUAAUUUUUUUUAUUCAUUUUACAUACCAACCACAGUUCCCCCUCUCAUCCUUCUCCCGCCCCCCCCCCCCCCCCCCCCCCCCCCCCCCCCCCCCCCCCCAUCCCACCUCCUGUCCACUUCUCUGAAAUGCUAAGGCCUUCCAUGGGUAGUCAACAAAGCAGGUCAUGUCACAUUAAGGCAGGGCCAAGCUCCUCCCCCUGCGUCAAGGCUGAACAAGGCAUCCCACUAUAGGGAUUGGCCUCCAAAGAGCCAGCUCAUGCACCAGGGAUAGAUCCUGGUCCCACUGCUAGGGGUCCCUCAAACAGACCAAGCUACACGACUCUCAUCCCCAUGUCGAGGACCUAGUCUGGUCCCAUGCAGGCUCCCCAGCUGUCAGGCUAGAGGUCAUGAGUUCCCUUGAGCUUGGGUCAGCUGUCUCUGGGUUUCCCCUCUUGGUCUUGACUCCGCCCCCCCUGCUCAUAUAAUCCCUCCUCCUCUUUGACAGGAUUCCUGAUGCUUGGAUGUGGAUUCCACAUCUGCUUCAUCAGUUACUAGACGAAGGUGCUAUGAUGACAGGGUAUUCACGGACCUGAUUACAGGGGAAGGCUCGUUCAGGCACGCUCUUCACUAUUCCUAGAGGUCCUUGUGAAUUCCUGGGAAUUUCCCGAGCACCAGGUUUUUCCUUAACCCUGUAAUGGCUCCCUCUAUCAAGAUACCUCUUUCAUUGCUCUCCCACUUGGUCCUUCCCCCAACUCCACCAUGCCGUUCCCUCCUGUUUUCAUCCCCCAACCCUUCCUCUUACUCCCACCCCACCGCCCCCAGUUUACCCAGGAGAUCUCAUCUAUUUCCCCUUCCCAAGGUGCUCCAUGCGUCCCAUGAGAGGUGUUUUUGACCACUCGUUUUUCUUCACAGUGGUGAAGACGACAGAAACCACCAGUAAAUGCUCACCUUUCCUGAUGGGGAGGGAGGAGGGUUGCAUUUCCUCGCCGCCCACGAGGUAGCUGACUGCUUUUUACACCGCCAGUUCUCUGUGCUUUAUAACCUUUUCUUUAAAUAAACUGGUUCUCUCCAACGCUGCGCAGCAGGUGUGGGCCGUGUUGUGAUCUACCGCGGAGGAUUCUGGGGCAUUGACUCUCUUGGGAGCAACGGAGAUUUUCGCUGCACAAUUAUUCUGGAUUCUGUCUGUUAGUAGUAGUAUUGUCCCAAACCUCACUGUUGAGAAGGUUCUCCAGUGUUCGCCAUCAGAGGGCUUCUCACCACACGCGCAGCUCCCCAUACACAGACCGAAGGGCAUUUGUGUUUAUUCUAUCUCUGCAUCUCAAAGGCCCGUCUUGUUGGGCUGUGCCCAUGGGUCCGUCACACCCGUCAGUCACAAACUUCCUUAGUCCUCCAGCCAGGAGUUCCGGAGCUGAGGCUGCCCACCUUCUUCAGCCCAUUUUCUCUAAACUUCUCUAGGAUUGGCCCCAGCUGAGCCCCUUUGAUGUUAUAUAUUUACCAUAGGGUCAGCCUCCCCGGGCCUCGGAUCCUUUACUGGCUCCGGUGAGGUUACCCCAGAAACAGAAAGGAUUUCAGUUUGGGGGAAUCACCGUCUUGGGAGGAUGGGCGAAGGACUGGUCAGUGGAUAUUAUUGGUCCCACCAUGCACCUGGAGUUGUCCACACUUCAGUGAUAUCCCGGUCAGCCUGAGCAGGGGUGGCUAGGACUACCUGGGGACCAGGUCACCCUAACACAUUUACCCCAAAGCCCCUUUGCCUCAGUUUCUCCAGUGACCUGAUCUGAAAGUGAUGUGUGUGUACACGUAUGUGUGUGUGAUGUGGAGUCAUCCCACGUCAAAAGUUACAAAAAUUUCAUUUGAGAAAUGGACACUAGCAUAUGUGUCAACCAUUUACCUCAGCAGUUUUCUUUAAAAUAUUCAUAAAUUCAUAUAAUGUACUUUGAUCAAACCUACCCCCAUUCCUUCCCCUCUAGCUCCUCCCCUAUUCAGCAAGCUUUUCUUUCCCAACUUUACGUGCUUUCGGUCUUUCUAAAAGAAAGUUUAAUAACCACCAUUCUAGUUAGUUUUGUAUUGCUAUGACAAAACAUCCCGACCAAAGGGAACGGAAGGAAGAGUUUAUUUUGAGUUAUGGCUCCAGAGGGGUUAUGAGCAGUGACAGCACUCUUGUCAAUAUAUAUAUUGUCAAUAUAGCGUGUGAAAUUAGAGUUGGAGCAAGGGAGAGAAAUACAAUGGGUGCAAACAGGAAAAGUCAAAUUACUCUUGUUUGUAGAUGCUACGAUUCUAUUCUUCUACCAGAAGUGUCUGAGAUCUGAUAAACACUUUCAACAAAGUAACAGGAUACAAAGUCAAUACAGAAGAAAUCAGUAGCUUCUUAUACACAAACAAUAAACUCAUUGGAAGGGAAGUCAGGAAAACAAUCGUAUUUGCAAUAACUUCAUCAAAGGAAAUGCCAAAGAGUAAAGCAGAAUAAUAACGAUUUUUUACAAUGGAAACUAUAAAGCACUGAAUAAAGAAAUCGGGAAACUAGAAGAAAGCAAAAACCAAAAGCAAAAUCAAAAACAGAAAAAGAGAACCCUCCCAUAUUCUUAGUUUAGCAGAAAGAUAUUAUUAAAAUCGUCAUAUUGCCAAAAUGAUAGCAGAUUCGAAGCAGUUCCCACCAAAAUCCAAAGGACAUUCUUCAUAGAAAUAGGAAAAUCCUAAAAUUUAUAUGGAAACUACAAGAGACUGAAUAUCCAAAGCAAGGCUGAGCACAAAAAUCAAUGCUGUCAGUAUCCUAACACCUGACAUGGGACUGUACUACAAAGAAACGGCAUGCACUGACUGGAUCCAAAGGCAUGAAGACCAAUCAGGGAGAAUGGGAGAUUCAGGUAUAAGCCUCAGCAUCUUCAGCGGUCUGGUUACUGGCAGAAGGGCACGAAGGAUACACUGGGAAACAAGACAACCUUUUAAACAAGCUGUGCUGGAGAAACUGGAGACCUCUCGAGGUUUAUCCUCCUGUGGAAAUGUCAGCUCAGAGUGAUCAAAGACUUUGAUGUAAGAUUCGAAAUGGAAAUUUACUAGGAAAAAUACUUAAAAAACAAAACAAAACAAUCUCCUCUACAGCUAUUAGAGGACUCGUGUUCAGUAUUCCUCCCCAAAUUACAAAGACAAACACAAGUGGAAAGAACAGAAGCCAAAAUUAUAUAACGAGCAACUGCUCCAUCACCAAAGUGUGUAAAAUGACAAGGGCGCUAUUUUAGAACACUGGUUCUUUAAAAGUUCCCCCUAAAGCGCUAAGCUGAUUAACAGGACUCUCACGAAUGAGUCUGGGGUUUCAAAGAAAAACACAAAUAAAUUGGACAAUGGUACCAAGAUGCAACGCUUUUCUCUCCCGGCGUCUGACUUAUAAAGGACAAAUCACACUAUUUGAAAAUACACUCCGAUUUUAAUUUUAAAUGUGGCAUAAUUUAAUAAAAGCUGACUUAACUAAUUAAAAAUACUUCUGAUUUGUCAAGUUCCCUGACGAUCCAUAUUUAGAUAAAUGGACAAGGGUAUCAUAGCCCGCUUUCUCAGAGCCCUUGCUGGACUUAUGUCGACAAAGAGUUUCAUAUGGCCGUCUCGGACUUUGAGCUCCUGCUUUUGGGGAUGGAUACAUUCUCAGGCCUUUAAUCGGGGAACUUCAGAAUGUAACUGCUGCUGCAUCGUAAUGGCAGUGAAAGAACACAGAGUCCUCAGUAGAACACACUUUUCUACUAGUCCUCCAGGGACCGUGCGAUGGCUAAAGAAACUCCAUUUUAUGCUAGACGUGCAUGUUGAUACCCUCUGGGCAUUUGUCUCAGGCUCCAGUCCCUGGAAGAUAAGUUCCCAAUAACCCUUAGUCGGUGGCGCCUCUCCACCAAAUGCACAGCCCCGACUGUCUACUUGUUCUGCUAUGACUAACUGCCUUUUGAUUUCUGUAACCUGUUUACACAGGCAUUCAAUGACUAUUUUGAGGUUGCCUUGACUACCUAAUCUUGGCAGAGCAGAGCAGCUCUUGGCUUGCUUGUGCAGAUACACAAGGUCUUCUUGUGGUUUUGCCUUAAAAAACAAUUCUUCCCUCACCCCACUGUGCUUGGAAAUCUCUAAUUGGCUUAGAGAUAGUUGUCUACCAGCAUCUUUAAUAAACUUAACUAAUUAUAAUCAG